ACAGCAGUGGUGGGCAGAUACCUAGCUAGUCGGAAUUGCGGAGAGUGUAACGUUGCUUGUCGUCUUUUCUCUUUAUUGUAAUUCGUUAGGGCAGCAUUAGAAUUUAAGAUAAUCGUGCACUUGGAACAAUAUUCCACUGUCGCUUGCUGUUGUCUUUUGCUGUUCUUUUUGUAUUUUUGUUUUUGUUAAUGUAAUAGCGAGACCGAGGUUUGGUCAAAUGUAGUGGCAGCUUGAGGGGAUACUAGCGAAGGGGAAGGGAGAGAGAGAGGCAGAGAGGGAGGAGGGGGGGGGGAGAGAGAGAGAGAGGUAUGUCCACCCGCGGACUGUGAUGUGAAAAUGCUGUCUGUAAAGGUUGCCAGUGCUGCCGAGAGCUCGAUGAAUCAGCCGAUAAAGGGAAAAGAGGAAAUUCAGCAAAAUAUCGCCACAGCAACUGUAGAAGAAGACGACGAUACGAAUUCGGUGCAACCCGAUGCCAGCUGCCGGCCGCUCCAGGGCAGUGGUGUGGAGAACGGGGGCUGUGAGCCGGAGGCGCCCCCCUUGCUGUGCCAGGGCCCCCGAGCCUUCCUGCAGGGCAGCGGCGUGAGAGCCGACGAGGCGGUUAGCAUCAGGGCCCCCCAGCGCCGAGAGCAGAGUGCCAACAGCAAGCACAGCCGCGCCAGGGAUAUCAAGUGCAAUGGCAGCAAAAGUACAGUGGAAGAUUCCUGUGUCAACUUUCUAGACUCCCAAGAAAUUAAGAGGGAGAGGAAACAGCAGAUCAGACCGUGUUCCCCUCUUUCUAGGCUGGCCUCAAGCACUGAGGAGCCACCAAAGACCUCUGAGCUCGCCUGCCACGGAAAGAGCAACAGCCAGCCCAGUGUGUUGCCCCUGGACGGGUACAACAGAGAACCACUGGGCGAUCUCACAGUGUCCUUGACCUGCAGCCCACAGGGAGCCCCAACUGACACCCCAGACACCCGCCUGCCUCACAGGAAAGGGGGAGCUUGUUCUUUGGAGAACUUAAAGGCGAAGGGAAAAGAGGGGAAGCGGGCCCUGAAUCGAAUUCCCAGUGCCACUUUGCUUUCACCUGGCAGAGGCAACAACAUUGACGGUAUAUUGACCUUGCUACGUGCAAAGUGUGGCAACGGGAGAAUCAACCUGUGCCCCGUGGUGCAGCUGAUUGAUAUCACCAAGGAGAUGAGCCAGCUCUCGGGGCGUCUGCGAUCGAGCGCGGUCCGGGUAGGCUGUGGCAGCCUGAGCGAGGACGAAUGCCUUGAGCUGGAGGGGCAGGGAGGCUGGGGGGAAAGCACUGCGGCAACUGGAGCCUCCCUCCACUACAGCUUCUUUUCCUCACCCUCCCUGGCCAAUGGUCUCCGUAGCCCUGAGGAGCAGAUUCACAAGAGGCCCAAGAUUGGACCAAGGCGACAGAGACAGCCUGAUCCAGAGAGGCUGCAGCCAGCUGAGCUGCCACAGCAGCAGCUGCAACCAAGUGAGCCUGAGCCGAAGAUGGAGAAGAAUGAGGAUCCACCAGCAGAACCGCCAGCAGAUCAACUCGUAGACUUACCCAAUCAGCUGAUGUCUGUCUGUCCUAUUACUGAGACUACAGUUCCUUUAGAGAGUCCACUUUGUGAAGCAGAACCAGCCACAAACCAGCAGAACAUCCCAGAAUGCCUACCCGUCACACCUCUUAACACAGCGCCUGUCCUUGCUCCCCAAGUAGAAGCUGUAGCUGAGGAAAGACAUUCAGAGGUCCAGCAGCAGCCUCCUGUUCCCCGAGGGAAUCCUUCAAUUAUGCCACAUCCUGAGAAUGAAAGGAAGUAUGCCUUGAGGAGUUCAGGGCGGCCUAGGUUUCCCUGUCACUUGAGAAAGUCAUCACGCCUGCGACGAGCUCUGGAAGGGGUGACCAAGGAUGAGAAGGAGAGACCCAGCAAAGAAAUAGCAUCAAUGGAUAACUCCAGGGGGCGAGCACCAGCAGAGAAAUCCUGGAAGGGGGACAGAGUGACAGAGGCUUUGGAGGUGAGACGUGCUGAACAGGAUGAUCAUAAAGGCUAUAGUGAAACUCCCUCUGGGACUCAUUCCAGAAGUGAGGAGACCGAAAUGGCUUCAACCGCCACCCGAAGCAAGCGGAAAGGAAAAUGUGUGGGCAUCCGUAAAUUUGUGGUGAAAGUGGCUCGCAUCCCCAUUCACAUGAGCCGCCGUCACAAAAGCUACAAGAUUUCCUCUAUGGAGAGCCCUGUAGUGCCAGAGGGUUCUGGAGGAACGGAGGAAAGGGAAGUCAGUAAGGGGCCCCAGCGCGAGCCCACGGCUUUGCUGAAGAUGAAGAACAAUGGCAAGAACGUGAUGGUUAUGUUUCCCCCUGGAGAACUUCCGGUCAUCUUGAAGAGGCGGCGUGGACGACCCCCCAAGCAGAUCCCACCUGGUCAGCCUGAUCCCCGGGAGGUCAAGGCUGGAGAGGUAAAAAAGCCUCGCCGCCGACGAAGAGUCAAGCUACCUUCUCCGCUGCCCUCUUAUGUGGCGGACACCAAUGAUGCCAAAAGUGACUAUGGCGACGUUCUCUCUAAGCUAGCCUUCCUCAACCGCCAACCCCCAACAACUGGCCGAUGCUCCCCACCACGUUGCUGGACCCCCAGCGAGCCUGAGUCCCUCCAGCAGCCGCCUGAGAACCCAAACAUCUCUACCCUGCUGCACAGACUCCAAGGUUUCAGGCGAAGAGGGGGCCGGGCUGGCUGCAUGGGAGGAAGAGGUGGCCUUGCUGGAUCUUCUGAAUCCUUCAAACGUUCCUUUAGUGACUUCUUUGAGACUAUUGGGAAGAAGCGGAAAACCCCACCAACAGACCCCACUCAACCUCGUAAACGAGGUAAACCAGCAGCAGUCGAGCAUCCCAGAGUUCCUCCAGGAGAGAAAGUGGUGCGCAAGAGGCGUCCACGUAAGAAUGGGAUAUUGAAGGCAGGACAGAUGCAGCAGGGUCAGGAGUGGACUGCAGAGAAUAGCUGGGUCAGAAAAGCUGAUGGAAGGCCCAGCCAGUCAGAAAGGGGCCCUGGUUACCAAGGUUCUUCAUCUCCCCGAGGCUUUGCAACCUGUGAUUCUGGGAAGAGUGGCUACUACUCAGCCCCACCCCAGAGCAACCAAGAGUCCCAAGGACUUUUCGCUGGAUAUUUCCGCUCUCUUUUAGAUUCAGAUGAUUCCUCAGACCUGUUGGACUUCUCCAUGUCUAACCCGGCUGGACCCCGUGGUGAAUCUCGCAAGGUUCCAGGUUGUUAUGAAACUGGAAGCCCUGCUCAAAGCCAGCGUUGGUCCCCUGCUUUUCCCAAAAGAUGCCCCAAAGCUAGUCCAUCUAACAGUGAGGGCACUUCUCAGCCCCCCAAUCCCGGAAGACCUCCUUACCCACAAGGCAGUAGCUACAACCUUUCUCAAACAUCUCCUACUUCCUUUCAGAAAGCAGUCCCCCCUCUUUCCCUCUCCAGGUCCCCCAGCUCCCCCCAUCCUUCUGGUAGUUAUCCACAUUACUCUAGCUUUGGUAGUGGGUCACAGGCAGGGAGCAGUCCUGCAAAUUCCUCUCUCCAGCCAUUGAAGCAGUAUGAAGGGCAGCGGUUGAGUGACUGUAAUUUCCCCUAUGGAGGAGGCAACAAUAAAGCAUUACCAACAUCUCCCAGCAGCCAUUGCAACAUGGGCUACUCCAGCCACCACACGUCAAACACACUUGGAAAGCGAGGGUACGGAUUCCAAAGCUCAGUGCAUUCAGCCUCUGCAUUGCUCCGUGCAGAAAGUCAUACAGGGGCAGUCUCUCCAGGGGGAUUCAUGGCAACCAGGAAUAACUCCUACCCUUUCCCAUUAGAUAGCUGUAGGCAGUACUCUACAGUGUCCCAGUGGAGCUACAGGCCAAGCUAUCAAGGGAACAGCUGGAACACAGAAAUCUUCUGCCCGCAGUAUCCCAGUUCCUAUGACUACAACACUAGCAGUGAGCCCAAGGAUAUAUUAGACAUCUCUAAUUACACUCCCCAGAAGGCCAAGCAGCGGUCAUUUUCUGAAACUUUCUCUGAGUCCUCCUCAGACAGUUCCCACUUGGGCCAGUCUGGAGCAUCAGCUGGAUACAAGCAGCAGGAGCCCCCUCCCUCUGGAGAGAGCCAGUCGAGUCUCUCCAGCCUGGAGAAACUCAUGAUGGACUGGAAUGAGAGCACCACAGGCCCCUCUUAUAACUGGAACCAGAGUGUCCUUUUCCAAGGGGGCACAAAACCAGGUCGUGGGCGAAGGAAAAAGGCUGAAGCCCAAGGAGAGAGCCACCACCUGGGUUUCCCUUCAGUAUCUUCUCCCUCAAGUUCCUCUUCACCUGUCCCAGGCCCUAAGAGGAGCACUGUAGGGGCUCGUCAGCCACGAGGAUCCCGCGGUGGUUUCACCUCUUGCAGACGGGAACGAGCCACAUUAGGGAAGCCCAAGGCCCAAAAGGCUACCUCCCAACCUGCAUCCAUGACUCUGUUUCAGGACAGCCCAGACAUGGCAGUGGACUAUUACAGCGGUGAUAGCAGCAGCAUGUCCCCUCUUCCUGCCCAAGCUCAAGGUUAUGGGCUAGGGGAGAGAGAGCAGUGUGAAUACUCCAGUCCUUACUCCGUCAACCCUUCUACCCCAUCCUCAGAGGACAGGUUUUCCCAGAUGUUCCACAGCGAGGCAGCCUCCCUCUCCCCUGUGGUGGCUUUGCAACCUGAACCCACCAAACCCUUCCAUUCACCCCCUUUGAAGCCCCCACACGCUUACACCGGCCCUCCCAAGACCUUUUCCCCAAGCUGUUCCCCAACCCUAGCUUACAAAGAGAGCCCGUUGCCCUGUGAUGCCAGGAGGCUGCUGUCCUCCUGUGCUGCCCAGAGUCCCCACCGAGCCAGCAAAGACCUGUCGCACUAUGACUCCCCCAGCUACAGUGGCUCCCCAUACUGGUACCCACAGGGCGGCUCCUUGGCUGGCAGCCCCCACCAUUACGACAAGAGGGACGAAUUUGCAGAGAGGGUGGGAGUGAGUCCCCAGAUCCUCAGCUCCAUCCCACUGGGCCAUACAGAGAAAGAGUCCCAGGAGAUGGGUAGAGUAGCAUCUCUAAGGGUAGCCGCCCCCCCUUCCCCUUAUCCUCCUCUCCUUGCUUCUACAUGUGCUGCUACUCUGGACAAUUCCCCCAUCCACGAAGAGCACAGCCUUCACCUGCCCCCGGAGAACUACCACCCCCGCUACCCACCCCUUUCUGCGCAUGGGCAGCUGGGCAUGAGCGCCCCUCUUCAUCGAAGCGGUGUGCUGUGCCAGCUUCUCGACCAGCCAACAGAGGACAAUUUCACUGUCACCAGCCUAUAGGGACUGGGGGGGAGGGGGUAGGCGCCACUGCUGGCACAAACCAAGGCUUUGUUUAUAGGUAGGCAACAAUCUCUCACAACUACUUUUUCCUAUUUGCUGGUCUCAUUGCUGAAGUGAAUAUUGUUUUGAUAUUGGAUAUUGGAUGUUUUGAAAAGAAAUAAAAGUGUGAAAAACUUAAAACUCUUAAAUUUAAAAUCUGAAGCUUAAAAGCAAAACCUUAGAUUCCCUUAUCCACUUCAGAAACAAAACCCAGGAUGCCUUUAUCCUUUUGGUGCAAGCUAAACAUUCAAGGAUAUUGACAUUAUUUGCUGUCAGCAUUUUAGACAAAAGGGGGAACAGAUAAGACUUACUGCAUGACAGUUUGAGUCAUUUCAGGAUUUACACAUUGUACUGGUGAGGCAGAAAAUCAGCACAAUGAAAUAACUUUAAUUCACAAAUAUGUUUGGACAGCGUUUCUCAUAUAAGGAAAAUAAUUAUUCCGCAACGGGUGUUGUAUUAAAUUUGAGCCUACAGCUUAUAAAUUCCAAAAUGAAUGGAGCUGCCAUUCUAUGGGAGUCUUGACUGUUCACCCUCUCUCACAAGAUUUGAUUCUGUUGACAUCAUUAAAUAAUUAUAACAUCACAGUGUACGGAACAAAGACGUUCUUGUUAUGUCCUUUGUGUCUUCUUCAGUACUGUGGUUAUUACAUGUGUUCCGAUGAAUAAAUUGGGUCUGAACUUUGCACAGUCAGUUCAAGGAGUCCAUGACACAUUAUGCUUUUCCUUUGUCUCCAGCUUUCAUGUGAAAAAUAUGGUUGCAAUAUAUACAAUGUGUGAAUCAUCAGUUGGAUAAUGUUUAUAAAGUCAACAUAUUUCUUAUGCACAAUGUCUUUUGGGGGCAGUUUGUCUUUGAGCACUUAACAGGCAUGGUCCUUGAAAACUUGUUUUACUGAAUAUUGGUGCUUUUUCUCAGCUGAAGAGCCACAUAGGAACUCUGUCCUUACUUAAGCCCCAUUUAUCCUUUCAAACUGCACUAUCUAGCCUGCUCUAGUUUCACCCCCUCAGCUUUCUCACUCAGGGGGCCCCUUUACAAACUCCUUUCUUUGACAGUGUCCCUUGAUUGGGAAUGAACACAAAUGUUCAUUAAUAACUUCAAUGCAGAAUAUACCCUGUAUGCAAGUCAAACAAUCUCUUGUGCCCUACCAGCCUAAGUAAGGGUGAGUUUUAAAAUUACAGUCGUGGUUAUACAGGGUAUUCACACUCCAGGAAUUAUACAUAGUAAUUGAGUGGAACUAAAAGAAAAACAUUUCAUUCAUUAAUUUUAUAUGUAUUAUUGAUGAUAGAUGCAACAUCAAAUAUAGUAAAACAUAGUUCUGGUUAGGGAAAAAGUGCAAAGUAAUAAACUGGAUUUACAGUAAAUGCACAGAUCUCCUCCUGGAAGUGCUUGGUCUUGAAUUGGGAUACUUUUCUCCCUUCUUUGACAUUUCUUUUUCUGUUUUAGAUUGGCACAGGCAAAGGUGUUAAAUAUGAUGAAUUUCUCUUUGCCUUUUAAAUGCCAAAAAUCCUUUUUUGCAAAGCAGUGGAAUCACUUUGAGCAUAAGAGCUGUUGAUACACAGUAUGUGUGCAAUGAGAAAAUUCAUACUUUUAGAAAUUAUUCGAAUGUCAUGGCCACUGUAUAUGAAAUGUCUGUGUUACCCAUAUAGGGGUGGCACCAUGGCAUUUGGGUUUGCUCUGCUGCCUUUCAGGUCUUGUGUCCUGGGUUCAAUUCUAACCUCGGUGCCUUCUGUUUAGCAUUUGCUUGUUCUACCUGGGGCCAUAUGAGUUUCUCCCUUGAAAGAUACUUCCCUGAGUUGCUCUGACUUCCUCCACACUCCAAAGACAUGCUGUCUUUAUCCCCUGUAUACAUACUGUAUGUGAGAGCUGCAGUGGACUUGCUUACUGUCCAGUGUGUAUCCUACCUCCUUGUGCUCCUUGUCUGCAAUAUCAGAUCCUGGCUCACUGCAACCCUGUAUUGGACUAAGCAGUUAAUUAAAAUGGAUGAAUAGAGAGAUCAAGUCUAACGUUAAAAGUGUGGGUUAAUUUUUCUAUUUCUACUUUGAGAUUAUUCUCUAAAUUUUUUUCUAACUUUUAGUAAAAAAGUGGAAAAUUCAUUGAUUGUGUAGAUUAAAAAGCAUAUUGUUACAAGAUUUUUCAUAAAAGGGCCAAAAUGCCAUUUGGACUUGUUAGCGUUUUCCCUUGGAAUUACUUCUAAAAACCCAGACUCUCGUGGUGAGAUAAAGAAUAAAAUUGGUGUAAGCAACAAAUAAAUGUUGAGCAAAAUAUUGAAUAGAAUAGUUAGUUGCUCUGAAAAAUGCAAUCCAUCUCUGUCUUUAUUCAGACAUUGAGACAUAUACUGUACAGUACUAAGGGAGCAACAACUCUGAAGUGAUAAAAUUGACACCUUAGAUCUUUUGUAUCUGUUUGUCCUGUAAAAUGUCCAUUCAUACAGGUGCCAGUAGAUAAGUCUAUUAAAAUGUUGGUGAUACUGGAUGAAAUAUUAAAAUCCCAGACCAGGAGAGGAGGGGGUAGUUGUAUCUAUUUGGAUUUCAGCAUGUUUAUGAUCUCAUUCUUACCUAAUCUGUUCUGCAAGUUCUUAAAAACUCUCUGUUGUUGCCAUUUGCCUGUCAACUGGCAAAAAUCUGUUCCGUAGAGUUUCUUCAAGGUGCAAUGUCAGCAGAUAAGCCCAAGGAAGUGUUUCAGUACUGCACACCCUUUAGUCUGCAGAGGCUCAUGUAUGAAGAGUGUAGAAAAUUAGGUUCCCCUGAAAAGCUAGGAAGAUGUUCAGUUUUCACUGGAGUAGUCACUCAGCUGGAUAAAUGAUACACUGCAUACAGAGAUUGCACUGGUGCAAUUUAACAGAGGCUUUUACAGAAGAAUUUUUUACACUUUUUUUUUUAAGGGGAUUGAAAUCAUCGCGGACAUUUUUUUUUCUUUUUGUAAGAGAAAAAAAACUUGAACUUUUAGCGGGGAAAAAAACUGCAACACACUCAACGGGCCCUAGCAGUGACAAUCAAAAGAAAAACAAACAAACAAACGUUUAUUUCCAACAAGCAAAAGAAAAAGUACCCUCUUGAGAAGGAGUGGGGACGGAGUGCAGUAUGCCUGGCGGGUGAAGGACUGGCGUUUGUGAGCUGUGAAGAGAUGGAGGCAUGGCGACAGACCCUGGCUUUACAAAUCUCCAUGAAAGAUCGUUUUCAGAGCACAACCAUUCAACUGGGCAGUACUCCAUUUCCCAUCCUCCUCUUCAGUGCGAUUAAAGUUUUUCAAUCACCCAGGAUUCCAGUCAGGGCCUUUGCCAUCGCCUAGCAACAAGAACCUGCUCUCCCUCCCUCCUCUCUCUGUCACUCCUCCAGACUUGCUACAGACUUGUGGACUGCAGUUGUACAGUUCAUGUGAUACCAGCAUAUGUAUAUAGACUUAAAAAAAGAAGACAAAGAAAUGGUUAUUAUUAUGAAAUAUGCACUGAAAUGUUUAUUUACGUGAAAACAAAAUAUGGAAAGGGUUUAUGACAUAUUUAUUGUAUAUAAUUGUUUUAUUUUAAUCUAUGUAUGGCAUAUCGCGUUUUAUCCAUCAAGUGUAGUUUUGUGGUGUGAUUUAUGGCAUGUUUUCUUUUAUAUUUUUCUUUUUAAAAAUGCUGUGCGCACCCCAAAGAAAUUGAUUUAUAUAUCUAUAUAGAUAUAUAUAGGGAAAAUACUACUACUUAAAUUUUUUUUACAGUUAUUGUUUUAUCCUCCUUCCUUCUCUCCCUGUCUGUUGUGCAAAGCGAUUUUUGCUUUCUGUGUUGAAGCGAUAAAAGCUCAGGGUGUAGAAUGGACUGGCAAUUCUUCUGGGUUUUUUUCUUUUCUGGACUCUCAAUGUGUUGUGAGGUGGUUUGUGAGAUGGAAUAUUGUAUUGUCUGUUAACAUAUCAUAUACCUGCAGUGCAUAUGUUUCAAUACACAUUCAGUUCAGACCAUUG